UAAAUAGCGUCAUCUUUUUAUCUCCGCGGCGCCUUCCGCGCGGGCUGCGUGUGCGUGGCUGCUCCGCGCGCACGUGACGCGCCAGCGGCAGAGGCACGGGCACAGCCGGCGACCGAGGUGUAGCGUUUGGCUUUGCGCGCGCCCCUUCGGGCCGACAUCAAAGGCUUCGACGGGCGCGUCGCAGCCCGGCGCUCAGUUACCGUUCGCUCGCGGGCUCCGCAACAUCGGCGCCCGCCGCGCGCUCCCGGCCGUGGCAUGUCGCCGAGCUGCCCCGAGUCGGAGCCGCGGGACCUCAGCUGCCGGGACCCGCCCGACUCGCCGGACUCGCCGGACUCGCCGGACUCGCCCUUGGCCGCGGCGCGGCUCUACUCGGCCCACGUGCUCGCGCUCGACUGGCGAGCGCUGCCGGGCCUGGCGCCGCCCGCCGGCGCCAGGGCCUCGCGCCUCUGGCUGCUAGCCGCGGCGGACCGCGCGGGCCGCCACCGCACGCGGCUGCUGGUGGUCGGGCGGCGCUGGCGGCCGCGCUGCCUCGCCCGGGUCAACAUGCUGAGCCAGCCGGUGGUGUACGCGGGCGGCGGCCGCGGCCGGCUGACGCCCCAGCUGUUCCUCUGGUGGUUCCGCGCCGAGUUCGCGCCGGCGGUGGCGGCCCUGCACCCGGGCGCGCGGGUGCUGCUGCUCGCCGAGUCGGGCCCGCACCUGCCCAGCGAGCGCGACUGCGUGGCCGGGGGCGGCCGCGCCCGGCUGCGCCUCGUCUGCCCCGCCUCGCCGCGGGCCCGGCCGCUGCUGGGCACGCGGCCCGUGGCGCGCGAGCUGCGGCUGCGGCUGGCCACCGCGCUGCUGGCCUCGGGCCUGGCCGCGCCGGCGGGCCUGCGGCGCUUCCUCGCCGGCUGCUCGCUCAAGGAGGCCUUCGCCGAGCUGCACCGCGCUUGGCUGUCCGUGCGCCCCAGCAGCUUUCGGCGCUGCUGGCGGCCGCCCGGGGGGCCGGUGCCCGAGGGCGGCGAGCAGACCCAGCUGCUGGCUCAGCUGCGGCGACUCGCGGUGGACGCGGGCCUGCGCGUCGACGAGCGCCAGCUGGACGACUGGCUGCUCGAGGAGGGCGACGCCGCGGAGUCCGGGGAGGCGUCCUCGGACGAGGAGGAGCGGACGCAGGAGGAGGAGGAGGAGCCGGCCUCGGCCGAGGAGGUGGUGCGGCUACUGUCGAGGGUGCUCGGCUGGAUGGAGACCCAGGCGCUCGAGCCCAGCUUGUUGCUGGCCGUCAGAGCGAUGCGCGCGACCGCCAGCCUCAUGGCGAGCAAGAUGGGUCUUGCGGGGACGCAUCCGAGUGGGCUGCCGUUCUUCUGCUCGAACGGCGACCACCUGACACAGCCGCCGCCAGCGCACAUGGGCAUACCGCCCUACGGAGCUCUCGACGCAGGCAAGGCCGCCGCGGCCGCAGGUCUGACGAGGGCGCCGAUGUACCCGUUCUCCACGGGCCAGUACCCGUACCCCAUGCUCAGCCCGGAAAUGACGCAAGUCGCCGCUUCCUGGCACACGCCGAGCAUGUACCCGAUCUCCCCGGCGAGCGCUGGUUUCCGAAGUCCCUACCCCACCAGUCUGCCUAUCACCAGUUCCAGCUUGCCCAGCGAUCUCUAUCGGUUCUCGCCGACGGGCCUCAUGCCCCCUCACCCCGGCCUCAGCCCGCACGCGCACGCCCUCGCGUCGCACGCUCUGGUCUCGUCCGCCCCCAAGGCGGAUCACUCUACCUUGGACCACAAUCACAGGUCUUCGGUGGAGCCAAAAAAUUCAUCCUCGUUACCUGCUGACAACACAAAAAACCAGGAUACGGGGCAGCAGAAUAAUCAAGAGAAAAAGAAGCCUCAUAUAAAGAAACCAUUAAAUGCAUUUAUGUUGUACAUGAAAGAGAUGAGGGCAAAGGUAGUGGCAGAAUGUACCUUAAAAGAAAGUGCUGCGAUAAACCAAAUUUUAGGAAGACGGUGGCAUUCGCUAAGUCGAGAGGAGCAACAACGGUAUUACGAAGCGGCCAGGCACGAAAGACAGCUGCAUCAGCAAAAGUAUCCGGGCUGGAGUGCCAGGGAUAAUUAUGGCUAUGGCAGCAAGAAGAAGAAGAGGAAGAAAGAGCGAUCCGCGGAUCCCACCGGAGGUAACAACAUGAAGAAAUGCAGAGCGAGGUUCGGACUGGACCAACAGAGCCAAUGGUGCAAGCCGUGCAGGCGCAAGAAGAAAUGUAUCAGGUACAUGGGGGAGGGAGGAGAGGGCGGCGACGAGGGUGACGGCGAUGUCGACGGGGAAGCGGAGGACGACCACUCGGAAGACAACCUGGGCAGCGUGGGCGAGGCCGGAACGCCCGAGGACGACGAGUCGCUGAGCAGCCCCGGCGGUUUGUCGGGCCUGUCCAGUCUGGCGAGCCCCUCGCUGGUGAUGCCCUCGCCAUCGAGUCUGGCGAGUCCGUGCCCGCUGACACCGCCGGUGGUGAGCGCGUUGCCCGUGUCGACGCCGGCGGGCGCGCACCCACAGCACCAGCAACACCAGCAGCACCAGCAGCAGCUCCAGCAGCAGCAGCAGCAGCAGCAGCCGCACCGCAACCCUGUGGGUACCAACCCACACGACAUCAACAAUCCGCUGAGCGUAAACCAGCUGACGGGCCAGUGUAUCAAGACCGAGCCCGGGCCCGGGCCCCAGCCAUCCAACCCGGCCAUCAGCGUCACGUAGCCCCGGCUUUGCCAGCCGUCGGCUCGCCUCGCGCGCACCAAUACUCGGCACCCACCUCGCACUCGCGUCACGCGCUCACCUUCCCUUCCGACCCUGCCGCCGUUUUGUGAUCGGCCCGCUGACUCGACCAGUCAUGUUCCUGUGCCAACCGAGCCCCUUCUUUCCCUGCUCCCUUCACCCCUUGCCUUCGCAACUACUACGAUUAUUUUUUCUACUUUUACUACUACUACUAUACUUAAUAUUAUCAUUGCCUCUGCUAUCCUCAUUACUUUUAUUAACUUUUUUAUUACUACUACUUUUAAUAAUAUCAUUAAUGCUACUAUUAUUAUCAUUAGUAUUAUUACUACUGCGUUUUUAUCUAUUUCUACGAUCAUCGCUCGCGACCAUUCUCACUGUCGUCGUUUGUUAAAUUUCUUUAAAGUUUAUCUCUUACGCGCUCUCCUCGUAUCCUUUAUGAUAUUGCAUCUGAGCGUUGAGCGCAUUUACUUUCGUAGUCUUAGAAAGUCUUCCAACUAUAAAUUAAAUUCAAUUUGUCUGAUGACAUGGCCAAAUUUUAGAUUUUGAUACGAGCCCUUUCAGGAAAGGCAAUUUUGUUUCAUUUUUAUUAUUCAUUUGAGAUUUAUUCUAAAGUAUUCUUUAUGUUAAGUACUUCGACUAAUUUUAACCAGUGACUUUCGCAUUUUCGUUUAACUUUGUCGAUAUUAAAGUUUAUCGUUCAUCUGUGCACUUAUUAUCCAGAGGACUUGAUCCUUCCUCUCCUACUUCCAUUACUUCUAUUUAUUUCGACAUUCCUAGUAUACGAGGAAUCUAUGAUCAGAUAUUUGUCAUAGGAAAUUUGCGUAACGUUGCAGGCUACCCGUGGGUUAUUGCAUUUCUUUGAAUCUACUAUGGCGCUGAACGAUCAAAGAUCAAAAGAAACUGUUUAACUUAUUUUAAUGUAUUUUACCACUUUUUUUAUUUCUCGGUGUAAAGUGUGCUCGUUCUGAUUGUGCAGCACUCGUUACACCAUUUUUUUAAUGUUUCGUCGCGAGGUUUGUUCUUGCUGAAUUGCACUCACUAAUACGUACGAGGAGCCUGCAAAAUUGUGACUUUGCGCGCAACAGGAUUGUUAAAAAAACUGUAAGCUUAUACAUCGUUGUACGAUAGCCGUUGACCGAUAAUUAUCUGAUUGCCGUUACGGGUUCUCGGUGCAAUUUGUAUGAAUGUUUUCACUUGAAAUUGUCCAUUAUAUUUUACCAUUUCACCUACCAAAAACACGCAAUAGAAAGAAAGCAUGUGCGGAGGCUCAAAAUGCAGCUAUUGUAUAUAAUAAAAUAUGUUUAAGGUGCAUUUAUAGUGUGAAAAUGGGAAAGUGCAAUGGAGGACUGGUGACGCUAAUAAAUUCUGUACACGCUAGGCGGGUUCAAAAUCGAAAUUGACAAUGAGUCCUUGAUGUGUAUAGUAUUGAGAAAGUAAUUUUCUCCUCUCAAUAUGAUGUUAACAUAGCGAAAAAAAAUCCUAAACUAUUGUAACCCGUCUCUGAAUAGCAAACUAACGUGCCAUAAUGACAUCAUGCCAAUCAUACCGAUAAUUUAAUUAUUAGAUUGCCGUCUCUCUGUCUGCGUUACAAAUGUGUGAAAAACAAAUGAAUAAAUUGCGAAGCUUUUGAUAGAGUUUAAGACACUCAAGUCUUAAUUGUGUUUCUACGUUUCGACAAACGAUCUAUUAUGUUAGUAAUAUUUUUUUAUUGACUUUUAAUUCAAUACGCAGUCACGCAUCGACUUAUUAUUUGUACUAAUGUGUACAGCCAACAAAUAAGACUAAUUAAUGCACGUAUAAGGACAGAACUUAUUUUUAAGUGGCAACAGUUUUAUAGAAGUUUUUAAAAUACCUUAAAAAAGUAUGUAUGUUAUUUUUGUCAGCAUUUUCGAUUUAUGGUCUCUACUUACACAUUUACAUUUCCUCCAUUUAAUUUGUUUUUGUAGCUCCUUUUGCCAAUUCAAAGGCAGUUGUUGACUUACCAGUGACUUGUUUUAUUCUAAUGCAAAGUAAUUUCAUUGUAGUAUUGAGAUCUCAGUCGCAUCUGAUAAACUUACGUUUUGUCAACGAUUGAAAAUUAGUUUCAUUUCGUUAUGCGUUUCUUACAGUUGCUUUGUGACUCGUUAAUACAAUUUUGGCAUUCACAAAACUUUCAAAGUGUGAUACCCAGAAAAUCAUUACCAGAGAAAAAAAAAGAAGACGGGCCCGACGGUUUCCUUAAGUAAACGAUAUUGACAAUCGUGAUUUAAAAAAGAAAGAGCGAAUAGAAAGCGAUUACAUAGUCUUCCAUUUUACUUUAUUUUAUUUGUUUUCUGAGGUUCGUGUAGAAGCAUAACUAUGCCGGGCCCUUGCUCUUUUUUAUAUAUAUAUAUAAAUUCACCAUUACAACAUCGAACUUUAGACUCGAGACUGAAGAAGCAAACGCGUAAAGAAUAAUAAGUCUUCAUAAGGAAAUACACGAGCUUUGACAAUGAGAAAUCUUUGUACGUAACUUCUAUAUACGUAAUUAAAAGUAAAACUGUAAACAAAAAGAAGUAAUUUUGUUGAAAAAACAGUAAAGUAUUUAAAAGAAAGUUCUCACGAUGGUGGUGUAUCUCAUUGGUGUGCAGUGAAGACAAAAAUAAAUGAUAAGAGAUAAAAAAAACAUGCAAUAUAAAGAGGUGGAGGGCGGCAAGCAAAAGAGAGGCAGGAAGAACGUAAUCGUAAAAAAAAUGUACCAAUAUAAAAUGUAUGUUUGUGUGUAUAUGAUGUUGCCGUUGCAGCGAGAAGUAACGAGCGCGUGCCAACAGCAUCUGUGCGGUGGCCUACUUAACGAAAUAAAUGUACCGAGAGAGCGAGAUUAUUUUGUUUAAUUUUAAUUUUAUGUUUUUGGCCAUUGCGAGAGGUGCGAGUUUUAUAGUGACAAAUCAAGAACAAUUGGCAAGGCACUCAUUGUUUCCUCCAUUAUAAAGUGUAACUCUGUAAUAAUUCGACCGAAUCGAGAAACAUGCUUUUAUAACAAUCGGGAAUGAUGUUACAUGCAGAAAAAGUGAAAAAAUGAUUUAAAAAGUACGUGCGUCGAUGGAGGGAAGUAAAUUUUAAAGAAUGAGAAGAAAUAAUUUGGAAAGGAGAAGAAUAGAGAGCGAGCCUUGCGUAGUUAGAGAGAAAAAAGAGGCAGCGUGAUAGAAAAUGCAAAAAGAAUCGCGCGCCCGAAAACGAGCCGAUGCGACUGAUCGAAUAGGUCGCGUCUCGCUUUUGGGCGCGCUUGUAUUAUAUGUAAAGUAUGCCCGACAGUUCGGCUGCGCUGUACAGUGUUUUCUAAGUAUCUAGUUCAUAGCAUGUAAUUGAGACAUUGUAUUUACGCUAAUAAGUGAUCUGUAUCAAAUUCAUUCUCGUAUAGCUUGUACUCCUACUCAUGUAGAUGCUCAAAGUGAUUUGUGUCAUAAAACUAUAAAUAAAAUUAGCAAUUU